AUGUCCAGAAUCACAAAACAGAGCUCGAAAAUCAUCUGCAGAAAUUCACUGGAGUCCAUAUUCAAGGAGCUGGAGCACAAAUUUAUCACGUUAUUGAAAAACAAGUUGAACAGAUUCAAGAACUUACUUAGUGCUGAUUACCCAGCAUGCUCUGAGGAGGAGGAGGAGGAGGAGCAGGAUCUGGACUGUGUUAGAGAGGGUGUGCUGAAGAUCACACUACACCACCUGAAGAACAUGAAGCAGAAAGACCUCGCUCACAAACUGCAGAUCAAGCUGGCCUCUGUGUAUCAGCGGAAGCUCAAAUCCAAACUUCUAGAUAAAUGUAAAAGAAUUAAUGAAGGAGUCUCACAGCAUGGGACAUCAACACUUCUGAAUCAGAUCUACACAGAGCUCUACAUCACAGAGGGUGGGAGUGGAGACGUCAAUAAUGAACAUGAGGUGAGACAGCUUCAGACAGCGUCCAGGAGACCAGCAGUAGAGGAGACACCCAUCAAAUGUAAUGAGCUCUUUAAAGACAAGUCCAUCAGAAGUGUGCUGACUAAAGGAGUAGCUGGAAUUGGAAAAACCGUCUCUGUGCAGAAGUUCGUUCUGGACUGGGCUGAAGGGACAGUGAAUCAGGACGUCCUCUUCCUGUUUCCUCUUUCCUUCAGAGAACUGAACUUGGUGAAGCAGGAAAACUUUAGUCUGAUUACGCUUCUUCAUCAGUUUUUUCCUGAACUUAAGGACUUGGAAGUAAUAGACAGUGAUGUCUACAAAGUUCUGUUCAUCUUUGAUGGUCUGGAUGAGUGUCGACUUCCUCUAAAUUUCCAGAAGAAUGAGAUGUUGUGUGAUGUGACAGAAUCAGCAUCAAUGGAUGUGUUGUUGACAAACCUCAUCAAGGGAAACCUGCUUUCCUCUGCUCGCCUCUGGAUCACCACUCGACCAGCAGCUGCCAAUCAGAUCCCUCCUGAUUGUGUAAACCAGGUAACAGAGGUACGAGGGUUCAGUGACCCUCAGAAAGAAGAGUACUUCAUGAAGAAGAUCAGUGAUCAGAGCUUGGCCAAUAAAAUCAUCUCACACAUGAAGUCUUCCAGAAGCCUCUACAUCAUGUGCCACAUCCCAGUCUUCUGCUGGAUCUCAGCCACUGUUCUAGAGAGAAUGUUGGGUGAAGCAGAGAGUGGAGAGAUCCCCAAGACCCUGACUCAAAUGUUCACACACUUCCUGGUCUUUCAGAUUAAACACAAGGACCAAAAGUACCAGCAGAAAUGUGACCCUGAUCUUCCCCAGACCAGGGAGAGUAUCCUGGCUUUGGGAAAACUGGCUUUCCAACAGCUGGAAAAAGGAAACCUGAUGUUCUAUGAGGAAGACCUGAGAGAGUGUGGCAUUGAUGUUAAAGAAGUGGCAGUGUACUCAGGAGUGUGUACUCAGAUCUUCAGAACCGAGUCUGGACUCCACCUGGGGAAGAUGUUCAGCUUUGUGCAUCUGAGUGUUCAGGAGUUUUUGGCUGCUUUAUACACAUUUCUCUGCUUCCUCGACAAAAAGACAACAAUAAAACAAAGCACUGAUCUGUCUGGUCUUUUCAAUAAAUCAGAAAUGUCUGAGUUCCUCAAGAGUGCAGUGGACCAGGCCUUACAGAGUGAGAACGGACACUUGGACCUUUUCCUACGCUUCCUUCUGGGUCUCUCAGUGGAGUCUAAUCAGAAGCUCAUUCGAGGUCUGCUGUCACACACAGGAAGCAGCUCUGACUACCAAAAGGACGCGGUCGAGUACAUCAAGUUAAAGUUUGAACAAAAUCCAUCUCCAGAGAGAUUAAUUAAUCUGUUCUACUGUCUAAACGAGUUAAAUGAUGAUUCACUGGUGAAAGAGAUCCAAAGCUACAUGAGCUCAGGACGUCUCUCUGAAGCUGAACUCUCACCUACUCAGUGGUCUGCUCUGGUCUUUGUGUUACUGACAUCAGAGGAGGAUCUUGAAGUGUUUAUGCUUCAGAAGUUCAUAAGAUCAGAUGAAUGCUUUAAGAGACUGCUGCCAGUCGUACAGGAAGCCACAACAGCUCUACUCAGUGAGUGUAACCUGACAGAGAGAAGCUGCUCGGCUUUACACACAGUUCUCAGCUCAGAAUCCUCCAAGCUGACUGAGGUGGAUCUGAGCAGGAAUCCUCUGGAGGACUCAGGAGUGAAGCUGCUUUGUGCUGGACUGAAGAGUCCAAACUGUAAACUGAAGACACUGAGGCUGAGUAAGAGCGGUAUUACAGAGAGAGGCUGUACUGAUCUGAUAUCAGUUCUUACUUCAAACCCUUCACACCUGACAGAGCUGGACCUGAGUGAGAACACCCUGGGAAAUGCAGGAGUGAAACAGAUCUCUACUUUACUGAAGAGUUCAUCCUGUAAACUCCAGAAACUUGUACUUUCAGACUGCAGUAUAAGAGAGGAAGGAUACACUGCUCUGGCUGAAGUUCUGAAAUCAUCUCACCUGAUAGAGCUGGAUCUCAGAGGGAACGACCCUGGAGACUCAGGAGUGAAGCUGCUCACUGAUUUACUACAGGAUCCAGACUGUACACUGAACACACUGAGGUUGUUAAAAAGUGCUGAUGCAGAGGAAGCCUGCAAGUGUCUCACUAACAUUGUGGGUAAAAACCCGUUACUGCACAAUGAGCUGGAUCUGAGGUACAGAACACCUGAAGACAUUAAAGUGAAUCAGCUCUCGGCUUUGCUGCAGGAUCCACAUUACAGACUGCAGACACUCAUGUAAGACACAACUCUACAUGUGGGGAUCGAACCGAGUGUAAACAGUUAAACACUUUUCUCUUAACAUUCCAGGGCAUUUAGAUAAAUUUACUAUAGAUAGUGAUGUAAUGGCUGAUUUGUAGGUGUACAUCUGAUUUCAUAUUUUUGUCUUUAUACAUCAACACAAUGGAUUUUACAUGGAGCAGUUAAGAUGUAA